AAUGACAGUCUAGAAAUUUCCAAAAUGGCUGAAAAUGGGUGACAGCUUGUGACAGCUGCAAUAAUUCCAUUAAUUUUAGCUAAAUCUGAGCGUCCUAGAACAUAAUUGAUGAUUCAGACCAUUUUGAUGAUAAAGUCGCUACGGUUUUAACAUCAUAAAAUGUCAUCAGAUAGUGAGUUAGACGAGUUUUUUGAUGCUGAAGAUGUCACUCCAGAUAGGUCUGUCUUUGUGGAUGACAGCAUAGAUGACAGUGAGCUGGAAAAGGAAGAAAGAGAACUUCUCGAUCUUCAAAGACAACAGGAAGAAAGGCGGAGGAGAGAAGAUCAGGAACUAAAGAUGAGGUUAGAAGCACUCAAAAUGAAGAAACAUGGACAUAAAGAAAAAACGAAAGAAACAGCAUUAGCGGGUGUGAAUUCAGAUCAUGAUUCACCAAAGAUACGCUGA